AUGUUCAUCCUCUUCAAUGCCGCCUCUCUGGUGGCCAUCUUCUGCAUUGUUCUGACCUGGACACAUAAAUGGUUGUCCCGCUCCUCAUGGCGAGCCCAGAAGCAAAAGGCAGAGAAUAAGGUCCAGAGAGUGACCCUCCCUCACUCUUCUGCCUCAGGCCAAGGCCCAGUAUCAUCUCCAGCUCCAGUGCGAGAGAAACCGAAAUACCGAAUCACCAUGGGCCUCAAGAGAAUGGACAAAGCUGGCUGGCUCGUCGUUGACGAUAACUAUAACGCUAGACAUCAAGUGCGAGCCAACCUUUUCAACAACAGGAACCGGGAGGUGUCACAGUGCCUUCCUGAAGCAAAAGAGGCAUGCGACGAGGCUUUGAAGGAAGUGUCCUCGUUUCUAUGCCGGACAUACCCUGACAUGUUUGAGCUCAAAGAGUCAGCAUCAGGGACUAUCGUAAGAAACAAACGUAUGGGAGAAGAGUUCCCCCUGGAGAACAGCAGCACUCCAGCCCUGGAAGCAGCCGCUAGGCUAGCCAUGGAAGACAUGACCAUCCUCCUCAAGAAUGACAGCGGUGACCAUUAUGUGGCUGCAACCUCCAGUGCAUUCCUUAUUGGUUGGUCUGCCAAUACACGCAUGGGCUCGACGCUGAACGAGAUGCAUGCUCCCGUACCACAAUGGGCCCGGCAGAUCGCCUUUUCCGUGAACAAGUUCAUGGCGCGGCUAACCCCUGAAUCACCCAUGGAACGCUCCAGCUACUUCGUCCAGGUUAUCCAGCCCGAUGAACCUUGGGAAUCUAUUUUCUUUCAGCCCGAGGGCCUGCUGCAAGACCACACCGUACCAACCCCUGAACGCGUCCUGAUCCGCCGUGAGAGGCAGACUUUCAACCGUCUUCCGAAAACCAACGGCAUCCUCUUCACUGUCAAAACAACAGUCUCGUUCCUGGAGGACCUCCCCCUUGGCGAGCUUCAACUGCUGGCAAAGGAUAUCGAGAGCUGGCCCGAAGACAUGGCAGCGUACAAAGGUCGUUCUCACUGGGGAGAGACAAUAUCGAACUUUUGCCGGGCGAAGGAAGCUAGUUACCUAUGA